GCUGUUGGCGCGCUGUUGCAGAGAACAUUUAAAAGUACUACAUAUGCUACUUUAGUCUUUAGUUUCCCACAUUCGCUUUGCUAACGUUAUUAAACGUAGACCGAGAUGUUGAAUGCUAAGCGUCAACAGCAGCACUUUAUUAUUCCUGUCGUUGGUGUGGACUAUUUAGAGCACGUUCGCAGACGCUUUGAAAACGAUACGCGUGAUGCACAGUACCAAAAGGAGAGCAACACUUGCGAUUACCUUCCGAUUUGAACUGAACCACGAGGUUUCUCGUGGCCACUAAUUACAGUACAGCUGUGACCUUUUGUCUGCGUACAAAUGCGUUGUGACAUUGUAACCCUCCUGCGAACGUUAGCGGCAGGUGAUAUGAGAAGGUCCACAGCUCCACAGAUUCUACAGACCUCACUGGCACUUGGAAUGAAACUGUAGUAAAGAAUGCUUCGAGGAGGCAGGGAACAGCGAGGACGAUGUUGGCAAAAGUACAGAGGCAUUCCUGCUCGACACAUAUUUGUUCUUAUGGGCUUUCUCGCCCUGGUGAACACGUACACCUUGCGAGUGAAUCUCAGCGUAGCCAUCGUUGCCAUGGUGAAGUACCAGCCUCCAGCACUCGCCAACGAAAGUUCAUAUUCCACACAGUGUCCACUUGGACUUGGAGAGGAAGAAGAGGUCCACAGAGCUAAAGAAGGAGAAUUUGAAUGGGAUACUCAUAUCCAAGGUCUAGUGCUGGCAUCUUUCUUCUACGGAUACAUUAUCACCGUGCUACCAGGUGGCGUACUGGCGGAGCAGAUGGGCCCAAAAUGGCUGAUUGGUCUUGGCACCUUCGCCACAAGCGCCCUUUCUCUAGUCAUCCCAAUCGCUGCUAGGUGGCACUACUUGGCAGUCAUCAUAAUAAGAGUUCUUCAGGGUCUCGCUGAGGGUGUCACCUUUCCAGCAAUGCAUUGCAUGAUUGCUCACUGGACUCCCAUUGCAACUCGAAGCCGUGUGAUUGCGAUAGUUCAAGCAGGAGCUGACGUUGGUGCCAUUGUGGCAUUGUUAGCAUCGGGAGCCCUUGCUGAAUCUGAUUUUCUUGGGGGCUGGCCUUCUGUAUUUUAUGUGUUUGGUAGUAUUGGAGUGAUGUGGUUUGUCGCAUGGUGUUUUCUGGUCUACGACACCCCGCAGUCGCAUCCAAGGAUCUCGCAGGGGGAGUUGAAUUUCAUCCUUGCUGGACAGGGCCUGGAAAAGGCACAGCUAAGACAGCCCACCCCGUGGUACAGCCUAUUGACGUCCUGCGCGGUGAUAUCUGGUGUCCUGUCCCACUUUGGCUUCAAUUGGAUUCAUUACAUAUACCUAUCUGAAAUGCCAACAUACCUGACUUCUGUACUGCAUUACGGCUUAGCAAAUAAUGGAAUCUUAUCUGCAUUUCCUUAUCUGUUGGGAGCUAUCAUGAGCUGUCUGGGAAGUGUGGUGUCGGAUCUUCUUCGGACACGAAAAAUCAUGCCUAUUACGAAGAAUAGAAAGUUGUUCAACACAUUAGGUGUUGCAGCUCCUGGCAUCUUUCUGCUGAUCUUGCCAUCAGUGGGCUGCAAUAGACAUUGGAACAUGAUACUCCUAGGAAUUGCUGGUGGCUUGCAUGGCUUAGCACACAGUGGUUUUAUGUCUGCAUACGUCGACAUGGCACCAGACUUUGCAGGUACCCUCCUUGGCAUCUCCAAUAUCGGUGGCAGCAUACCAGGCUUUGUUAUUCCAUCCUUACUCGGUUGGUUAGUCAAAAAUGAGAGCUCCAUACAAGAAUGGGCCAUAUUCUUCUACAUCGGUGGUGCUGUGGGAAUACUGACUGGCAUAGAAUUCUUAAUCUUUGGUUCUUCCGACCUUCAGCCAUGGGGAGUGACAGCAGUCUUCUCUGAACCCGCUAUAAAUCCAGCUGCAUCAAAUGAAGUGACGUGAUGGAUCGUGUGACGUCUUCGGUGAUAACUUUAAGGAGGAUGAUAUGUUUUUUUUUUAUAGUAUCGUUACUUUCGAACACGCGCAGUACCUGAAAGGUGCAGCUUGCACUAGUGUGCGGGGCAUCUCUGCCACUUUUGUGUUAUCUAUAUUAUUAUUGAGUGACGUAUGUGGUGAUGCCAUCUGUAUUAAAUAUGUGAUGAUAUACCAAGCUUUUGGCAGAAAGUCAUUGACUUGAUCAUCACAUCCAAAUUAUCAUUUGAACGGACACUACUGUAAACAAUCGUGACUUUGAUGCACCUGUUAUAGGGCGUUGAGAAGCCUACCACAUGAGAGCAAAGGUGCUUUGUUGUGCCCCUUUUUGGCAUUAUGGCUUUACAAAGAACUUUUUAUUACAAAGAACUUUUAUUAUUUUGUUACGCUGUCAGACUGAUGUUGUUUUCAAAUAACAAUAAAAACUGAUGCUGUUUA